AUGGCGUCACUUCCGCUGGUCGAUCAAGACCACAUUGAGGUUCCUAUCGUUGAUGACAAUGAGCCCCUCAUCGAGGUCGUACGCAAACUUCAAAACUAUAUGAUACAAGCGAUCUCCGAGGUCUCAUAUUCUUUCGAGGAAUUAAGAUUCUCACCUUGCGGACAGAAGCUUAGGUUACUGCUGUACUCAUUAGCAGAGAAUUCGCACAAUCCAUGUAUCAUCUCUGCACUGAUGAUCCUGAAGUGGGAGUUCAACAAUGCAGCCGAGAAUGACUGGGGUCUAAACGAAGGCCGCGGCUAUGCAUGCGAAUACGUAGCAUGGCAAUUUCUCUGUCACAUCAAUCAGCGCGAGACUAUUGAAUACUUGCUAGAGGAGUUGCCUAGCCCCGUGUAUGCCUCCAUCAGUCUCACCCAAGCGGAGAGAGGCGCAUCGGGUUUCACAUCCGCAGGCGACGAGCAAAGUUUCCAGCGGGAAGGAGAAAGAACAUCCCUCCUUCUGCACUCAUCUUCUUCGCUGUACCGAUUUUUCGGCGGAAAGAGGCGCGCAGGCAGCGCGUCGGAUAUAGCAAACUCUGGGAGUAACAUUUCCUCUGCGGACGCGUAUGAGCUUAUGAAGUACUCCAUGUUUUUCGGACUCAGCGCCCUGGAGAUAGCAGCCAUCGCAGAAGCAAAGAAGUUCCUGAGUCAGAAAGUCGUUCAAAAGGUAAUUGACAAUAUUUGGAAUGGGGAGAUUGUCUUCUGGGAUUCGCUCAGUGUUCAUUCCACCAAGAAACCACAGUUCUUCAACAAGAGGACCGCGGAUCCAUACUCCCGCUUGAGGGUCCCGGUAUAUCGCAAAGCAUUUGAGGCUGCAUUCUUCGUCUCCUUCCUAUUUCUUUACUAUGCUGUUUUGGUGGAGAGAAAGUCCACCGGCAUAGGUAUCUUCGAAACAUUGAUGUACAUCUGGAUUGCUGCUUUUGCCUACGACGAAUUCAGCGGCAUGACUGAUGCGGGGAUGGUCUUCUACCAGAUGGACUUCUGGAGUGUCUGGAACAUAGCCAUUAUCGGUACCGGUCUUGCCUUCAUGAUCAUAAGGGUUAUUGGUCUGGCGAAGAAGAGUGAUUACAUCACUGACCUAUCUUUCGAUAUCCUGUCCUUGGAGGCUUUGUUUCUAGUUCCUCGGUGA